AUGAGCUUCAAAUGGACGACUAAAGUGAAUUGCCAUGCUCUGAGCACCAUGCAGACCUCAAUCUCAGCCGAAGAGUUCGCUCGUUUCCAAUCCCAAUUCCUCGAACUUCGCAAACAGAAAUACACCACCGAGGAGGACCUAUCUCGAGCCGAGAAAAAGGUCAUUGCAUUAGAAAAUACUCUUGCUCAACAGUCAGGAGAGCUGGCUCAACUGCAAAGCCGCCUCUCAUCUAUCCAACGCGCUGGAGACAUCGCGACGGUAGUUAAGGAGAACCAACAUCUCCGUCAACGCCUCCUCAAUGCUGAAUCCUCCUUCCAUUUACAAAUCUCAACUCUCCGGGCCGAGUGUGAGCGUCUUCAGGCGGAAAACGCUCAGCUGGAGGAGACGUAUAGCGUCUCCAGCACCACUGAUGCGGUCGUUCAAACACCAUCUCCCUCUGUUACGGUAUCUACAAUCUCCAUUGCCUGUCAGACGUUUAAAUCGGGUUGGGCGUCGGCUGUAACCCAGACGGAAGCAACUUCUGCCGAGGUAGCCGAAUGGUUUGCCAAGGCGAAGAAAGUAUCAGAACUGUUGGAUUCACUUGAAUCUGAGCGGAGAACUUCAGAGGGCUUGCUUAAGGAAGUCAGCCGGCGGGAACUGGACGUAGAACGGCUAGAAGGCGAAUGUGAAGCUCUUCGGAGUGAGCUAAACGUGGCGCAGAGACGGGGGGAGCGAGUUCAACGCGAGCUGCAACGACAACUUGCGUCCGCGCUGCGCACAGCGAAACGUGCAGCCUCGGGAAAUGCGCUAUCGUUAUCAAGUCUGGUUGUCAUACCUUCGACUGACCAAAACUUGGAUGGGAUUUCAGUGGAGUCAUUCAGCUUCUCAGGUGGUAGUCAGACAGCGGGAAAUGAUAAUGGAGAGGCUCCGGAUGCUUCUUCCACCUCGCAGACACAACACCAGCAAGCACGGCACCUUCAACAGGCCCUAUUCUCGGAGGAGGAUUUAAAGGCAAGAACAUCGCGCACGUGUGGCUUCCUAUUUUUGCCUGAUCCUGGCCGUCACGUAUGCGUGACAUGCGGACUUGAUACCGUUUACGAUAGCUGUGGUUGCAUCAAAUUUGUUGGUAUACACGGUCUGGGGGGCCUGUUGACUCGUCUGUCGGAGGUGCAGGAGGAGAACUGCAAUUUGCGGCAUAAGCUGAAGCAUCUCCAGCUGGAGGUGGACGCCAAAUCGAAGAUCAUUCAGCGUACACUCAACAACAAGUUCAACUCCAGCAGUCCCUCCCAUUGUGCAAACUCCACUGUUUCGGAAUCACACCAUGCUUCAAUAUCUGUGUCUUCUUCCUCCUCGGCUUCCGCAAUCACCACGACACCAAUUCGACUAGCCUCGGACCUGCUCUCAACCCUGCGUUCGAAGUUGAAGAGUCUGGAGUUGUCUUCCUCCACUGCGGCGCUGAAUUCCACCGAGCUGAAAGGUUUGAAACGCCUCUGUGAGGAGUUGAUGACUAGAAACAUCUCCCUGGAGCAGGCUCUCGAAGCUGCUAUUGCAGGUUCCAACAGAGACUUGGAAACCUAG